CUAUUCUGGGGAUCAACAACAGGUGUAUGGCAAUCAAACUAUGAUGGGACAAACAGGAAACAUCUCCUGUCAACAUCUGUUCUCGUCAGUGGACUUACAGUUGAUGAGAGGAACGUUUAUGGCAUAAAGAAUGAAAAGAUCUUCAAGAUUGACCGAUCCCUGUCAUUAACCUAUACCGAGAUCUUUGACACUGGGGACUCCACCAGGGCUAAAAGUCUGGUCUUGAUUGGGAAUAGUCUGUACUUCAGUAGUGCAGUGUGUAUAUAUAACCCGACCAACAGGUGCAACAGCUCUAUUGCAACCGUGAAAACAGAUGGUUCUGACUUCAAACUGUUUGGUCCAAUCGUGUUAACAAAUCGCGGAUAUCAACAUGCACUUGUAUACGUAUCAAGAUCUAACAGCGAAACAACACUAGCAGCAACAGCGAUCCCGAUAGUGCCCGUGUCAACAACAACAGAACCCCCUUGUUAUGAACAAACUAUCGAAGAAAGCGGCAGAGAUGAUAUUGAAGGGGAUUCUUUCUUCCUGUCUGGAGCUGCUGAACGAUCAUUAUAUAAGCUCAACGAAAAUGGAAUAUACUCUACUAUACCUAUGUCACAUAUCGUCACUGCCCAGGCAUAUGAUCACGCUUCUAACAGAAUAUUCUACGGUGUCGCUUUCCAGCUGUAUGUUUACAGUAUGCGCAUAGACGGAAGUGACGUCAGGAAAGAGGCCACAACAGACCUCUACGUCCAAGCUCUGGCUGUGGACAGUUUCAAGCAGAGCAUGUUUGUGUACUCCACCAGUAAAGGUAACAUUUAUAGGGUUAGACUGGGGCAGGACUGGACCAUGGAUCAGAGUAACGCCAUCCACAGUGGAGAAGCAGAAGUGUUUCACAUGGCCGUUGAUCCGCACAUCAGCAAAUUGAUAUGGGGGUCGUAUAAUGGCGUUUUCCAAUCGAACUACGACGGCACUGAUAAGGAGCGGAUAUUCACUCACUCUGGGUAUAUUGAUGGUGUCACAUUUGACGAAUCGUCGAUCUACGUGCUGAGUGAGGAUACUGUAUGGAAGGUUGACAGGUCAACACUCCUGUUCUACGUAAUCUAUCAACAACAUAACAGUCAGAGCGGCUUUGAUUUAUCGGGCUUGGUUGCGACUGGAGGACAUGUUUACUUCGGGAAGUACCACUGCACUUACAACCCUUCUGCAGAUUGCAUAAUCGGAAUCGCACGAGUACGAAAUGGUGGAACAAUGUACGAAGACGUUGGCCCAAUUCUCCGUACGACGUUCAUACAAACGCCCAAAUUGGUUCACAAAAGUGGUGCUAAACAGCUGAGAAGGUGCAGGGAUGAAGUCGUUGAUGACACUUAUCUCGGCAGUGAACUUAACCACAGAGGGGAGAUAAACGAUACGGUGGUAGUAGUGUUAGUUGUCUGUCCACUGGUGAUAGUGGCGGCGGCGGCCCUCUUCUUUCUUUGGUCGAAAGUAUUUACUGAAGGAAGGCGUAGUUUGGCAGAGGGCUAUAUAACAGGUUUGGAAUCGCCACAUAACAUAGGUGACGCUGUUGGAACAAAUAGUCAAUUGUCAAACAAUGCCAUCUACACGGUCCCGAACGUCAACAGCGAAAAGGCGGCAAUAGAAAAACAUUACCGUGAAAUGGAGGCGAUAGAAAAUCAGUACCAUGAAAUACAUGUGUACGAUCAGAUCAAGUGAAUAUGGGAGUCUCCCGAUGACAAUGACACCUUUGAAAGAUGCUUUGAACAAAAUCGCCCUUGUGUGUCAUGUUUCACUAAAUCGGUUGCGACGGGCACGAAAUUCAACCGCUACGAAGCUUUAGUUACACUUGUUCGUAAUUGUUGCCUUUUUGUGGAAUUUUGAUUGUUACUGAAAUAUAUCCUAUUAUCUAAAUACCAUCAUAAUAUGAAUAAAAUACGAAUUUAUACGAACUGUCUGGUACUAAAUAAAUGUUAAUCCAUAAAAACUAGGAGAAUAAGGUGUUCAGGAAGGAUAAGCGUCUUCUCCAAUUAAAGUUACGCCCCCAUAGCGAGAACUUCGACUGUGACAACUAAAAAACAAGUAACAACUAAAAGAUGCACAGAUGAGCACGAUAAAAAACAUCGACUUAUAACACAAAAACAAACCACAGUUUCUAACCAUGGUAAAGGACUAUGCAAAUACAAAGGGUAUGUAAAUGAUUGAAACGCCGUAAAUAUAUAAUUAGCAGUAAAUCAAAUUGAUACGUAAACAUCUGAAAUGAUAUCAUGCUAAUUUUGUUAACAUCAUAUAAAGUUAUAUUUUUCUAAUGACAGGUUAUUUUCUUACUGUUUUGUAUUACUAUUUUUUCAUAUUAUUCCCGACAAGAGAUUGGGCAGGAGUGCAUCACGUGUCCACCGAUAAAAACCGAUAUUGACUUAGAGCGCUUGAUUUUUGUUAAAGGACUGGAUUUUCUAAAAAUAUAAUUAUGACGUGUCACCAAACAACUCACCGGUUUCGCUUCCGAAGCAUUUUUGGUAUGUUAUUUUUUAGAUUGCUGAAAUCACUGUUUUGAAAAUAAUAAAAUAAUUGUAGCCUUUAACUUCGGUCGAUACCUGGAUUUAUCGAUCCCGAGAAAAGAUAUCGACCUCAGCCAAAGGCUAUAAUUGAAUAUUAUCAAUUAUCUAUCUUUGUCUUUUCCUGAUCCCUACACCUUCGAAGAUCUAAUGCAUUUAAUGUUUUCAUCUUUAUUGAUAAUAUUUGUUGUAACUUUAGUAGUAAACCCUUUACGCGAUAGAUAAUGUUUUUUAACUUAAAUCGACUGGGGUUGUCAAUUCACAAUUUGAUAAAUCCGUUAUAUAGGUUUCUGGUAAUAACAUAUUUUUCCCUUGAUAAAAGUAUUUUCUUUUUCUAUUACUACUAAUUAAGACGUUUUACGCACAGGGGUUUUGCAAUUGGAUUUGAUUAUUUGUUAAAGCUUAAUGUUCAUGGGUUUAAAUUGAUAUUCUUGAUUUGGAUUUUAUAAAGGACACAUUAUUCAAAGUAUUAUCAAAAUAGACUCCCCUUUUAAAUUUCCUUCGUGGUUGAUACAUUUCACCAUCUGGCAAACUUUCAAAGUUAUACUUGCACUUUUUUCUCAAUACCAAUCAAACAGUGCUUCAACCAUCAUUAACAUUUACAAUGAAUAACGAUUUUUCGUCUGAAAAAUAUAUACACGUGGGAUCGACUACCGGUAUCGUAAACAUUUUGUCUAUUGCUUUUAUUUCUUAUGUAUAUAUAUUAUGAAAAUAUAGAUUGCUUGCGUCAUAUUAUACCUGUUGAAGAUAUCUUUGGGAUGUCUCAAUUUUCUUAUUAAGAAAUGAGUUGAUCGAGGAAUUAUGUAUUACAUAUUUGAUUCUUAAUAAAUAUUACAAGUUUAA